AUGGAACAUCAGCUUUUUCACCAGCCAUCAACCACGCCCGUGAUUGUAUGCAAGCUAUGUGAACAUGUUAUUCGACCAAAAGAGGUUUUUCGGCACCUCCAAUCCGCGAAUCAUCGGAUCCCGAAGCCAAAAGCGCGCCAAAUUGCCGAUGCAGUUCAACAAUGGGAGCGUGCGGCGGAAUGUGAUGAAUGGCAGCCACCACUAGUAGUGAAUGAACCAAUUCCUAAUUUGCCUGUUUACUCGGAUGGCAUUUUAUGUGAGCAAGGCCUAUUUUGCCAAUUUAUUGCCCGGUCAACCACAACUAUACGACAACACUGGCGUGAUCAUCAUAGCUGGGUAGCUCCUAUCAACCGGGGCGGUCGUCGGCGGCAGCAUACUUCAUCGGCUGCGGAGCAACAAAUCCAGCAAUUCACUCGUAUCGUGCGAUGCCAACGUGCGUUUCCUCAACGGCUCGGGUCCCAUUAUAUCCGCGUUCAAACGCUCGGAGCCGAGGCUAUUCCCGAGGCCGAUUCGCUAGCAAUAUCUGAUCAUAAUAGUCAGGUGAUUGAUCAGAUGGAAAGAGCAUAUACCGAAAGACAAGAGCUUCCCCAGGUGAUCGUGGCUAGCCAGCGAGACGAGACGAAUCCAUGGCUUCGGAGGACCCAAUGGGCCGUCUAUCUCCAAGGGAUCAACCCGCACGACCUAGUGGACAGUGUCCGAGCCCCCGAUCCCGAAUCACUCGAUCCCACCGAGCAGGCUGCCUACGCAAUAUGGGAUUCAAUGGCCACUGUGGCUCGUAUCAGCCAGUUGAUCUACACCAAAACGAGCCACACUAUUCGGUGCGAGGCUGUUCGGACUAAGCGGGAUCGCCUACCCCAUCAACCACUACAAGCAUAUAUGGAUGGUGAAGCUGUUAAGCGACACACGGUCCCGUGGCAGCAGAUUCUCAUGUUUUUCACGCGCACGCAGGCCCCACAUGAUUGGGCUAGCCCCCACUACAGGUUUUCCAAACGCCAGCGAGCGGCUUGGGCCACAUUAUGGAGACUAGCCCAGGCAGAGCUUAGUGCCUCACCCAUCGUAGGCCAGGGCAGGGCAGGCCAUUCCAACACAGGCCUUUCCAACACAGGCCUUUCCAACACAGGCCUUUCCAACACAAGCCUUUCCAACACAGGCCAGUACAUGGCAGGCCAUUCCAACGCCGGGCAGGCCAACACAGGGCAUUCCAACACAGGGCAUUCAAACGCCGGCCAGAGCAGUGAAGACCUGAGCAGUUCGGACCAAAGCAGUAUACAUUCAGGAAGUGAUUCCGAGGACCAACAGCACCAAAUCACUAGCGAAUCCCCCUUUCAGCUCACUCCCCUUGACUCCGCCUGUCUAGAUUUUUGCAUUGAGCUAUUGAACCACCGAACUAAGGUCGAGGACUAUAAGAGCGCGCUUAUCUGCGCUAGCGCGGUGCUUGGACGUGGGGAGGCAGGCUGGGGUACUGCCCAGAGCUAUCCCCCAAUAUUGUCCAAAGUGAUCAAGAUUGCUCGGUUUAUGGUGGUCCACAAAGCAUUAAAGCUAGACCCAACGGCCGAGAAGAUGAUCCACCAACUAGCUACGCAUCAGAUGGCUGGCGAAUGGGAUACAGAGAGUCCGUUAGAUUCGCCUGAUUUCACGUUUUUAACGCAAACAACGGACGAUUCGUUUUACAACGAUAACGAUGGAGAUCAGGGGGCAGCACAGUCAUCGCACUUUAUUCAGUUUAGCCAGGGCCACACACAGGGCCACCGCCAACGAUCAUUCCGGGAGUGGGUGACCGAGAUGGUCAGCCAGUUUAUGGUCCGCGGCACUAACAGUCCAAUGCAGUGGCUGUUAGAUCUACGCACGUACGGCUUAAAGAUCCAUUAUAACAGCACCGCCACAGGCCAUGUUGGCUGGAUGAACCAAGACCAGCUGUUAUAUCAACAGUACAGUUUCACUAUGGGUGACUUCCGCGGCUUUACCCACGGCCUCGUAAGCUCCACACGCCAGAUACUACACGAAGAGCUCCUGUUUAGUCAGGCUAGCUCAGUUCCCUCGAUCCCGUGGCAGGCUAUGUUUGAUGAUCCUACCGAGACCGCGCACGGGUGGAGCUUUUUAAAAGACACCCGUACGGUAUGGCCUGUAGCCGGUAGCGAAUGGAUGGUGAAUCGGGUCCGAAACGAGAGACCACUCCAGCAGCGUUUUAUCGAGUCUAGUGCCGGCCGGCUCCGAAUGUCCGCUAUCGACGUUUAUCUUCAACGGGUAGCCCAUUUCCGCGAGAAGCUAGCCAUUGCUGUCCACGUCAGCGGAGGCCAGCCUGCACGGGCGCCAGAGCUGUUAAGCAUUCGGCACUACAAUACUGACAGCGGAGGCCACCGGAAUGUGUUUGUCGAAGAUGGUCUGGUAGCGUUUGUUACGCAGUACCACAAAGGGUUUUAUAGUACGAACGACGUGAAGGUUAUUCAUCGGUAUCUACCCCGGGAAGUAGGUGAGCUAGUGGUUUGGUAUCUAUGGCUAGUGCUGCCGUUUGUGGAGAGAUUGGAGGCGUACACACAGAAGGUGCGCGGGGAGGCAUCUGAUGCUGAGACGACUGGCCCCCGUCGACAGGCAUAUCUAUGGUCCCCUGACCCUGGCACCGGCCGGCAGUGGUCCUCGGAGAGACUGAGAGAAGCGCUAAAGCGAGAAAGCACCAUUGGUUUGAACGGGCACGCCAUCAAUCUCCAUGCAUACCGAGACAUCGCCAUUGGGAUCAGCCGACGAUUCAUGCGGCCAUCGAGCAUAUUCCCCAAUAAUGCCCAACAGGACAGCCGGGCCGAGACAUCCCAAGAAGAUGACGAAGAUGGGAUCAAUGCCGAGCAAUGGAUGGGCCAUAUUGCCGAUCUCCAAGCUGCCCAUUCAUCCCAUGUGGCCGGGAUGAUCUAUGGCCGCGGGAUCACCGAGCAGCCCGGUACAACGGCCCACCGGCGAGAGAUGUUUCGGCUCAGCAGCACCGAUUGGCACCGCUUUCUAGGAUUUGUGUCCGCUGAUGACGGAGGGGCCGAGAGCGCAUUAGGGCUCGCGCAGCCUUCGCCAUGGCAAAAGGAAGCUGAGAUGAGCCGUACGGAGCGCCGGUGGCAGCUAGCCCAGGCCGCCAUCGAGCCUGAGAUGCAACGGAUGAUAGGUAACACCGGGCUACGGCUUCGAGGGGUGCAGGCACCGGCAUUAGCCGCCAUUCAACAGGGCCAGAGCCCAGUGGUGGCUGUGAUGCCCACCGGGGGCGGCAAGAGCCUGCUAUUCAUGCUACCCGCGUGGAUCAGCCCCCGAGGGGUAACGGUGGUCGUAGUGCCGUUAAUUGCACUACGGGGUGAUCUCGUCCACCGUUGCCGGCAGCUCGGCAUCGCAUGUGUGGAAUGGGAGAGCCGGCGGCCGGCCGAUCAGGCAUCUAUCGUACUGGUUACGCCCGAAUCAGCUAUUACGGAGGACUUUAUGACGUUUUUGAACAGGCAGCGGCUCGGUCAUCGGCUAGAUCGAAUUGUGAUUGAUGAAUGCCACGUUGUGCUAAAUGACCAAAGCCAAUUCCGGCCUGCCAUGGCCCAACUGGGCAGGUUGAUCGUGGCCCAGGCCCAGAUGAUAUAUCUUACGGCUACGUUACCCCCGGCAGCCGAGGACCAGCUAUUCCGGCGUUUACGGACUACCCGCGAGAAGGCCCAUAUGUUUCGAGCGCGGACCCAUCGGACUAAUGUUGCGUACCGGCUCUGGCAACCCAACGUGCCGAGUCGGUACCGAAACGGCUACGAUUGGAUCGAGCGUCCCGAGAUCGUGAGAUUCAUUCAGGACCGUGUUUGGCGUGCCCGCUGCGCGGCUGGCCGAGUGGUCAUUUAUGGGCCCACUACUAAGAUCGUCGAGCACAUUGCCCAGAUCGUAGGCAGUGAAGCAUACCAUAGCCGAGUACUCGAUCGUCCGGGCGUGCUAGCCCGAUUUCAGGCUCAUCCCACCGGGGUGGUGGCCGCAACCAGUGCGCUUGUCUGUUAG